AUGUCGCAUACCAGCUUAAAUUGCAUUUACAUUCAAGCUUGGUCUUUGACUCUUGCGCCCCUCGAGAACUCCGGGUUUCUUUCCUUUCGCAGCGCAUCUCUCGUUGCAUCGCGAACUAUUUUUUUACAUUUCUCAAAUUUUCGUCCUUUAUCUCGACCUGCCUGCCUAAGUGAAAGUGUUUUGAGGCACCCAAGCACUCGCCAAAAAAACAUGACGGAGAUCGAAAUGGAUCUCGAUAUGGCCAAGUCGGGCUUAGACGGCCGAAACGAAGACGAGAUGAUCGAUUUUGACACCGAAAUGGCAGACUCGAAUCAAGACUUUGAGAAGUUGGAUGUUAAUCUCGAAGGUGCGGAUAGAGAGAUGGAAGAAGACGAGGAUGUUGUGGACCACCACGCUUACGAGACGAACGGGAUGAUAGGCGAAGACGUCGAAUUUGACCUUCAUGACGUCGAUGACACAGCACAUAGUCCGGAACCUGUGGAUUAUGAAGUGAGCGAGGCUCCUGAGCUUCAAAAGCAAGAACCUGCUGUUAUAGCACAGUCGUCCAACGAGGAAGAGCAAGAAUACGAUAGUAACCCUGUGGAUUCGAACGAAACAACCACCCAGAAAGAUGAUAUCCCGGAUGACCGCGCAUCUACACAUGAAAUCGAUUACGAAUUUGAAGAAGACGCAGAACUUGACAAGCCUCAACAGGAUGUAACUACCGAGACAACCAAUCAGCCAGCAAAUCCUGAGGAAGAGCAGACAAUCGAUCCUGCUACAAGCUACAAAAUCCAGGAAUCCGGCGACAACACCCCUGUAUCUGAACAAGACGUAGUUGAGCAAGUCCCGGAGGAGCGACAUGCCCCCAGCAGUCAUGACGACCAUGACAAAUCUCUGGAUCCACAGGAAACGCCGGCCGAACAUGACGGGGCCGCACUUGAAAAUGUUGAAGCCGAGGACUUGGCUGUGGAUGACCAUGCGCAGUUAGAUACUUCCAACAGCAACCAAGAGUUCUAUGAAGAACAUACACUCAGCCGCGAAGAGGUCGUCGUUCCAGGAACAGGACAUGAUCUCGAAACCAUUGAUGAGGUCAAAGCCGCGGAAGGCGACGGUUAUGAGGUGGGAGAAAAUGAACACAAUGAAGACCAGUUGGUCGACACCGAACAUGCAGAACUUUCAGCCUCUGAUGAGGACUUGAACGGGAAGUCAAAUGACGACUUCCCCGCUAUCACGGUACAGUAUAAGGGAGACGAGUUCCCCAUGUUUUCUACCACCACCAACAGCUUUUUUGCCGACACAUCGGUUUUAGAUCAGCCACUUGUGGAAUUGCUGGCUGGUCUCCGAACCGAACUGGAAAACGAGAUCACCGCGGAUGACGACUUGGUACUCCAGGUCGACGAGCUCGGCCUCGAACUUUCGGAGGCAACCCAAGGCGAACUCAUGACAGAUGUUACUUUUCGCCAAGUCCUUGAGAUUUUUGAUGUUCUUGUUAAGAAUCAAGAUCCUGACAGUUCACGGACCAUGUAUACUUAUCUCUUUACUAAACCGAACGCAGAGAAGCGCCUCGAAUCCCUCAUUGAGAGUGCUACGGCAGGCAAGGGCCUCGACGAAGUUAUUCACCUCUUCGAGACUCCUAUGACAGUUGACACGAGCAUGCUUGAAACAGCUGCGACAAUCGACGGCGUUCAUGAAGAGCUGGACGAAUUUGAUAGCCCGGUUGAUGAAAACGCCGGUGAUGGACAGAACGGCAACGGUCACCACGAUGAGGCAGACGAGCCAGAAGUCGAUGAUGAAUAUCCAGUAAACGAACAUGCGAAUGUUGAGGUUACUACUCUUGAUGUCCAAGAAGUGACCAGCCAUGAAGUUACUAGCCAAGACAACAAAGAAGUUGCUACUGAAACCCAAGUUGCAACACCAGCUAGUGCUUCGACUAAUGCCGAGGCGCUACUGGAAGUCGCCGAAGAACCUAAUGCGGCCAUCGAGAGCGAAGACCACGAACAAAACGGUAAAGCAACCUCACCCUCCACCAGUUUCAUUUGUUGCUACUACCCCGACUUCUGUCUUUGUAAACCCUGCGUCUCGGGGUAUGUUGAAAAACAUAACCGAGAGGAAAGGGAAUACCGGCAAUCCCUGAAGGCCAAUGACGGACUUGUUCACGAACAGCCCGAUAGGCUAACCCUCAUACUCUUUCCCUACAAACAUGCACACUCUAUAUCCGACUUCAGCACAACUUUUUCUUUCAAUGAUACUGACGAAUUUUAUCCAGCGCACGCUGAAAGUGAUGUCGACCCAUUUGCCAAUUUCGAACUGGAUGAUGAUGCUGAGGUAAACGACAAUGUGGUUGUCGAAGCUACCGAAGAGAUUGGAGGAAUUGAAGAGACUGAAGAGACUGAAGAAAACGGUUUCGGCAAACCUGAGGUCACCAGCGCCCAGACUAAUGGUACGAGCACCACUACCACGCUGCAGGAAGAGGAGGAGGCUGCGUUUUUCAACAUCGACCUUGGCGAAGUUUCUACUGAAGCCGAGGCAACUAAGGUCAACACUGGAGAGAACGACCUGGACGAAAUCGAUUGGAGGGACGAGCCUGAGGCAGAUGAUCAAGAGCCAACCACACCCUCUGCCGCUGGUAAGCGAUCCCGUGGGGAUGACGACGAACACGAUGCGGAAGUUGAGCAAGAUGCCAAACGUCGCCGUCCUUGA